CGGAAGUGGCUUCUUUCCGCUGCGGUUUCAAGACUUAGUGUUUCUCUUCUUCGUUAACUUUUUGGUUUUCACAAUGUCCCACGACCCCUGGUUGCAGAAUUAUGACGCCACUUGUCGCCUGGCUCAGGAAGUAGCAGAAAACAUCCAUGAAAGGAACCGGCAGCAGAGAACAGGGGGAAACCCUGCAAAGAUGAACAUGACACUGCGAGCAUCACUGCAGAAACUGAAGCAGAACAUUGCUCAGCUCAAAGAAGGCCUGUUGAGAGCUUCAUCAUCUCGGCGCAUAAUGCAGUCAGAAGCUGACAGGAGGCAGAAUCUUAUUGAUGACCUGCUAACCAGAGAGAAGCAGCUCAACGGGACUUUCAGAGGAGAUAUCACUGAGCCUGAAUCCACCAGGUCUGCCUUGAUGGCUGGAAAAGCAGGAGCCGGUGGAGGAGGUGCUGCUAACCCGUGGCUCAUCAACGAAUCAGAAGAGACCAAGGGUCUGAGCUUUGGAGACAUUAAACAGCAACAACAAAGAAUCAUUGAAGCUCAGGAUGCAGGCUUGGAUGCGCUUGCAGCUGUCAUCAGCCGACAGAAGAUAAUGGGCCAAGACAUCGGCAACGAGUUGGACGAACACAACGAAAUUAUCGAUGACCUUGCGCAUCUCGUUGACAAGACGGAUGGUCGGAUUCGGAACGAAACACGAAGGGUGAAGCUGGUGGAGACCAAGUCAGCCUCUUGUGGGAUGAUGGUGGUGAUCGUGCUGCUUCUUAUAGCCAUUAUCGUGAUUGCAGCGUGGCCCGUGUAGCUGACGGAGACCACACCAACCGGGGACAUGUGUUGGACAUCUACAACACCAGUGUGAUGCAGAUAUAAAGUGCACAAGUUUGGACACGGAUCAUCUGAACUCAGCCUGGCAUCAGUUUUUUGUCAGUUGGUGGCUGGAGUUUACUGGACCAAAGAAAUGUGGAAUGAAGAUUUAUCCGUUUUACGACACUGAAAACCAUCGGUUGGUGGAGGCGGGGUGAUAUUUUGUCUUGUGUAAAUAUUGUGAUUGUAUAAAUAUUUCUUU